AUGAAGUUGCUUGAUGAUCUCGUCAACAAGACCACUGACAAGGAGAUGCAAAAAGUCUUCCGCAAUUGGCACCCCACCCACCUCAAGAAAGAGGCAGCGAAGAUGUUUUAUGCUUUGAUAGCGGAUGGCAAUGCAACCCUGGUCAGGGAGCUCUGCGAGCAAAAUUCUGAGACGGGUAUAUAUCCCACUGUCAUGCUUCACACUUUUGUUAUUGAAGACUACCUCAAAGCAGGCAAGACUAAGGGUGCUCUGGAGGCGUACAGGGGCAUGCUAGCUUCUGGGGUUGCCCCAAACUCCUACACUUACCGAGUUUUAAUCAAGGGACUCGCUGCUGACCCCCACUUUGUUGAAGAUGCCAAGAAGUGCUUGCUUGAGAUGAUGGACAAGGGAAUGAGGCCCAAUGCUGCUACCUACACUGCAGUCAUAGAAGGGUUUGCAAGGCAAGAGGACAAGGAAGCCGAGGAGGAGGGUAAACAGUUGGUGGAGGUCAUGGUGGGUAAGGGGUUUGAGCCAAAUGUAAAGGCUAUGAUGGAGGUUUUAAAGGGAAGACCAAAAGGUAUUAUAAGAAGGGUCAUCAGCAUUGUUCUUUCCAAGUUGAAGGGCUGA